GCCGCCGUGCGUGGCCCCAAAUGCCCCUCCCUCCCCAAUGGCAACCAGAACAGGGCUGGCUGGAUCGUCGCUAUCGAUCCCAUUUCCCACAUCGCAAAAUUGUACCAACACCCCCUCGCAUCCACUUCCAAAAAAGACCCCACCCCUUUCUCUCUCGAUUUUCUUCUCUAUUUACUCCUGUCUGAAUCAACGACAUCCUUUUCGACCCCUUUGCCACCAACUCGCUAAGGGUCCAAAACACCCAGCACCCUCACACUCGCAAUCUCCCCGUCAUAUGCCGUGGUAGCAUUAUUCCCUAGAGUAACUAGUGUUACGGAUACACCUCCAAGAAUAAGAGAGCCGGAGAGAGUGAGUGAGGAGUAAAAGACAUGGAGGACUUCAAUAGUGAGACCGAAAGCGACUACACAAGUUACUGGAAAGACUGGUUCAUCUCAUCUCGAGGGAACGAAUACUUUUGCGAGAUCGAUGAAGAGUACCUCACUGAUCGAUUUAACCUUACGGGUUUGAAUAAUGAAGUCCAGUAUUACCAAUAUGCCCUCGAUCUAGUUACGGAUGUUUACGACCACGAGACGGAUGAAGAUACGAGAGAGCAAAUCGAGAAAUCAGCUCGGCAUCUCUAUGGACUAGUUCACGCCCGGUACAUUGUUACGACCCGAGGAUUAGCCAAAAUGCUGGAUAAAUACAAAAAGGCAGACUUUGGCAAAUGCCCGCGAGUCCUCUGCAACCAACAUCCCCUUCUCCCAAUGGGCCUAUCAGAUCUACCAGGCGAAAAAUCGGUCACACUCUACUGCGCCAAAUGCGAAGAUAUAUAUAAUCCCAAAUCAUCCCGACACGCAGCUAUCGAUGGCGCAUAUUUUGGCUCAUCAUUCCACAGCAUCCUCUUCCAAGUCUACCCUGCUCUCAUCCCAGAAAAGUCCCUACGUCGAUACGACCCUCGAGUAUUUGGAUUCCGCGUCCACGCUAGCGCUGCACUGGCGAGAUGGCAAAAUCGAAAACGAGAUGAGAUGAAGGGCCGGCUACGGAAACUUAAGCUGGAGAAUCCAUUUAUGGAGGAUAGGGAGGUUGAAGACGAUGAGGACGAUAUCGCUGACUCGGGAAUUGGGGAGCUUGAUAGUAGGCUUCUUGCUGCCAUCGGCGAAGAAGGGGGGAGGUCUGUUAUUGACAAGGGACGAAUGGAUAUUGGCGCUUGACCUAAAUGAAUGGAUGGAUGGGUUGACGGAUUAACGGAUUGAUGGAUAAACCCGGUCUUAAACAAGGCGUUUGGGAGGGAUUGAGGGAUGAAAUUCCUCUGAUGGACAAACCGUGACUUCUAGCUUUCGGAGGGCUCGCUUCUUUUAUUUUCUUUUAUUUUCCCGUCUUUCCCUUAUAAAUAAUAGGUAUAUGCUUUACAGCAAGGCGUUCGACGAGCUUUUCUGGUUCCAGACAAUUUUUAGGGCAUUUUCGUAUAGUCUCAUAUUUUUAUUUUUAUUUCAUUUAUUCUCUGAAUGUAAGCUCUAUCCGGAGCAGGUAAUUGGUAAUAGGGUGUUUUUGGGGGUUUGUUUUUCCUAACCAAGGGUUUCAUUGAUUUCUUAUAUGGGGUAUAUCCAAUUCAUGACCAAGUUAGUGAUCAUCUAGUUAGGUAUUAUAUUGCUGAUAGGGCUGACAUUAGUUCCUCCUCUAGGGCUUCUUAUUAAAUCCCGAAUCCCUCCCACUUUUCAGGAGAAUUUUUCCAUUGUGCAGUGAGCUGAGGUGGCCGAGUUAUUGUACUGUACUUGAAACUAUCCCGAGAGCUCAGGAUGAAUCUACUGUUUUCAUCGGAUGUUGCUAUACGGAUUGUAUCGGCAUCCCGAUAUCCUGCAGCCGGCCUCGGCUUCCCUUUCCUCCCGACUGUACCUCGCCUUUCUCUGGAUGAAUCAAACAAAUAAUGGAGGACGCCACAUACUGCUCUAUAAUUAAUUCCGAUGCACUACCAGAGCUUAACACUAGUUUCAGUGAUCAGUCAGAGCUAGGUGGUGUAAGUGAGUUUUAUUAUUGUGGUCUACCCUUCGCCUUGCUGGAGCUUCAGCCCUGCAAACUUGACCUUACAUUAUUGUGCCAACUAGCCAGCUUCUCAUACUGCGCACCAGAGAGAUGGAGCAGCAGGUGGAUGAGCUUUAUAUCAAGCAACAUUACUCCAAGAUUUCCUUGUUACACCAUAUAGGUCCAAUCUCAUAUGCCAGCAAAAGUCACAAUCCGGACACCAUGUGGAGUCCACAACUUCUCUCACAUUCAAUGGCUAUCCUCAGUUAAUACUAGACACCUCCCAUAUGAGGUCACUAGGCUUGUCAUUGGGGGAAUGUAAGCUGUAUGUUCAGCGAACCGAACCUUCAUCUUAUUUCCUAAUCUUAUUUUCU